AAUCGAUAUUAGUCAAUCACCUUCAAAGCUGUAAAUUGUUUGAAAUUUUUUAAAAUGCCUAACUGCAAAAGUAAAAACGUAGUUAAAAAUUCAAAGACUCUACAAAAACCAGCAUGCCAAAAACAAGACCGCAUGCCAUCCAGCAGCAUAAAUUGCAUCAAAAAGGGAGAAAUAAAGGAGGUUCCCAAGUCCAGCUCAAGCAAAAGUCGUUUGCAACAAAUAGCAACAGUUGAUAACUGCAUCAACGAUAAGAAAUAUAAAACACCUCAAAUGAACACAAUUUUACGCGAAAAAAAUCAAAUUGAAAGUUUGAAAUCUAUACAACCACCCAUAUUCAAAAAUGACUUGGAUUUAACACCUCGUUCAAAGGCAAUAAUUGCACCUAAGGUGACUCAAAGGCUGAAUUUCAAUGCUGAUGAAGUUAUUUUUAAAAAUUUGACGCCUAUUAAUGUGAAUGAUACAUUAUUAAUCCAAAAACAAUGCAACGCAAAUCCGAAUAAAUUCAAAACUAAUAAAAUACCAUCACCAGAAUUGUGUCAUUGGUUAAAUCCGCUACCGCCACUGAAACACACAAUUCCUGAGCCGGAAAUAACCCUGGAGUUUUGUGACAUCGAAAUCGACCCAUUUGAUAUAUAUCUACGUCUACUAAAUUAAUGUACUUGAAUAGAUAUUUCGAUCAUUUAUUUAUAGUAUAUAUUUUCUCAAAAACAGUUACAUUCUAGAUUUACAUUUUUAUCCAAUAAAAUUCAUAACUACCAAAUGU